AUGUCAAAACUAUUCGAGCCGCUUGACAUUGGCACCGUACAACUCCAGAACCGUUGUGUCUUGGCGCCUCUGACCCGUUACCGUUGCGACGAUGACUGGGUCCCACUCCCAAUGACUCGAGAGUACUAUACUCAGAGAGCAGCCGUACCGGGCACCUUGCUCAUAUCCGAGGCGACAUUUAUUUCAGAGCAGGCAGCUGGGCGCCGAAACGUUCCAGGUAUCUGGACGGACGCGCAGGUUGCAGGCUGGAAGCCAAUCACAGACGCAGUACAUGAAAAGGGGUGCUUUAUGUAUUGCCAGAUCUGGCACCUAGGCCGCGCCGGGUGGCCUGACGUCCAUAAGUCACUCGGCCACAGGGUGCUGUCGUCGAGCGCCGUGGCCAUUGACGAGACCAGGCCAGUUCCCGAGGCCAUGACCGAGGACGACAUUUGGACCGUCAUCAGCGAUUAUGCCACGGCGGCAAAGAGGGCCAUGGCUGCAGGGUUCGACGGCGUCGAGAUCCACGGUGCCAACGGCUACCUUGCCGACCAGUUCCUGCAGGACAACUGCAACCGGCGACAGGAUGCAUGGGGCGGCUCGGUCGAGAACAGGGCAAGGUUCCACCUCGAGGUCACCAAGGCGGUCGUGGAGGCCAUUGGGGCCCAUCGUACGGCCGUUCGCUUGAGUCCCUUUAGCGAUUAUCUAGGCAUGUUGAUGGACGAUCCGCUGCCGACUUUUGAGUACCUGGUUCGGGAACUGAGGUCAUUCAAACUUGCGUACUUGCAUCUCAUUGAAGCUCGCAUCACUGGAAACGACGAUGGCGACUGCGGAGGAUCCAACGACUGUAGCUCUUUGAUCAAGGCUUGGGAGAACAAGAGCCCCAUAGUGUUGGCGGGCGGGUUUCAACCCGACAGUGCGCGUCGAGCUGUAGAUGAGACAUACAAGGACUACGACAUUGCCAUCGGGUUUGGGCGUUAUUACAUCUCCAAUCCGGAUCUCGUGUUUAGAAUCAAGGAAGGCAUUGAACUGGUCAAGUACAACAGAUUGCACUUUUACACACCAAAGUUGGCAGAAGGAUACAUUGACUACGCCUACAGCCCCCAGUAUCUCGCCCAAACAAAGUGA